AUGGAUCGGUGUGUUCCCGCACCAUGGACCAUAAGAAAGAGUGGCCCGCUCAUUCGUUUCCGCGUCAUCCGUCGCACCAUCAUAACGAACAUCGAGUUGGAUGUGAGGCAAACAUCGAAGCCAUUCGUCAUAUGGGCGUAUGUUUUGCCUCCUAAAAGUUGCAAACCCGCGGAUGAGAUUAACGCCUUAUCGCCGCCAUAUGUUCUUGCAGGUGGAGAUUUGGCAGCGGAUGGCGAUGCGGAGGCUCCUACGGUACCCUGCCUUCAGCAGCGUUGGGAGCUGGCAGCGGGUAGCAGGAUGUGUUUGUUGAUAGCACCUAGGAGCGCGCCAAGGGAGGCGGUUCAGCGCACCCUCGCUAUCGGAAUCUCACCCACCCAGCACGCAUCUCAUUCUUCCAAGAGAUCCUCGCUGCGUUCGGAGCCGGAUGAAUUGCUGCAUGAAGGCAACGAAGAGGUGAGCUUGGAUGGCGUUGUGGAAGUGCGUUUAGUCGGUCUUAGUGUGGGACUUCCGUUUUUUGAGGAGGAGCCCGAAUGGCGGCCACUGCUUGUGCGACAGUGGUUAGAGCUAAAGAGCUACGUGCGUGAGGCAACCGUUGUGAUGCAGCCUGUAGCAACGCACGACUCCCUGGAUAUGGUGAAGAAAGAGGAGUCAUUCGCGAUGCACCAAGGUGAUGUGAAGAAGGCAGUUGCCGUGAGGGCGGAUGGAAACUGGGUGAAGUGGUACGACGGGUCUGUUGGUCUGAUGGAUGAGUUGAAGUUUUUCCAUCGUACCUAUAAACCUGCUAGAGCGAACAAAGUCGUUAGGGUUCGGCGACACCCCCAUCGCUACUCCGAUGUAAUUGGUGAGAUUCCGUUUGGACUUGAAGUGCACAGCCUUGGGCGCGAAACGGACCAGUUUACUGGCGAGCUGUACGCUUUGAUUUACCUUCCGGAAGAUCCAUCCUAUUUUUCCUACAUACAAACCUACGAGUUGACUUCCUGUGGUGGAGUCUGGGUUUGGGGAUGGUCUAAGAUUAUCGGGAAAAGUGGACUUCCGUUUCUUGUUGAGGUGGAGCCGUCGAGUAAAUCAAAAGCCGUCUAUAUGGUAUCGGAUGAACAAACGAAGUAUUCGCCGCUUUCGAAGGGCAGCAUUUUCACCUGUGCCCGGGAUAACAAAGGCGUACGCAUACGAAAGAAACCUUCUCUCAAAUCUGAGAAAAUUGGACAACUGCAACCUAACGAGGUGAAGGAGGCCAUCGCUCUUUUGCGUGUGGAAAACAAUCAUCCGGUGCCGUCGGCAGGUGAUGGGGAUAGGCCCAGCGUACCCUCCGAGAUUACUAAAGAUACUGAGUGUUUUGAGUUUGUGGAGUGGAAGGAUGGUGGCUUUUCUUUGAUUCAUAAUUCACACGAUACGUUCUUAACUAAGGUUGAGCUAAUUUCUGGUGCAGAGGCGUUUUUUCCAUCGACACCUCUAGAGUUGCCAAAAAGCGUAGUUAAGGCGCACAACGCUUGCGAUGAUUCGUCGACAGACACACCUGAGAGCGAUCAAAAGCGAUUUAAAAGUGAAACGUUCGUUCCUUCCUUUCUUUGA